ACUCUGGUUCCUGGUGGAGAAGCCAAAGAGAUUCGCCAUGCAGAAUGUGUACUACACCGACUGCGGUCUUCGCCACAUGCACGAAUACCGCUUCAUCGUGCACAUUGAUCCCGACGAAAUCCCGAUGCUACGGCGCCAUAAGACCUUCCCGCAGUGGCUCUCCGAUCAGCUGAACAGCCACCCCGUUCUGCCCGGCGACGAGAGAAAACAGCCUCCUGCCCACAAGUUGAUCUGGUACUACCACCAGAAAAACCUCGAGCCUGCACCCUCUGCGGCGUCUCUCCCCGAGUACCUGUGGGCGAUGAGACACACCAAGAGGUCACUGGAAAGCAUGGCCGUGACACCUGGAAAGACCAAACCCGUUUACGACAUGGACCUGGCAACAGGUCUCUUUUCACAUGAUGUUCUCACUUGUGCCUAUGGAAAAUGCGAGAGAAACUCUCAUAUAUGCAAGAGAGACGUAGCUUACCUCGCACACUUCAGGUACGACUGUGGCGAUUUCUGCAAGCAACCCAACUCCACCGUGGAAGAAACGAUUCUUCUGAAAUACAAGAACCAAGUUCUCCCUGCCGUUACGAAAGUUCUCAAGGAGCUUCAGCUGAUUUAGUGUCUUUUCCACCUUAUUAAGAAAUGAAUAGAGAGAGAGAGAGAGAGAGAGAGAGAGAGAGAGAGAGAGAGAGAGAGAGAGAGAGAGAGAGAGAGAGAGAGAGAGAGAGAGAGAGAGAAAGAGUCAAAUUCAAAUAUUUAUGUAUUCCAUUUGUUGCAUCGGUUAUUCUUCUAACAGCAGCAAUGUCUGAAUCAGAAAAAAUAUAUAUAAUAAAACAUAUGAUAAUUUCGUACCAUCAUUAUUAUGAGGUGAGAUAUAGGACAUUUACCUCAUCAGUAUAUAUUAGAUGCCACUGAUAGAUUAGGAGGUAUUUUAGUUUUAAGUUGAAUGUAAUCAAGAUAUACUUGCUGUUAGAAACUUCUAUAUCACGGAUUUGCAUUUACCAUACUGCUAUUUCGGUCUAUAGUCUUUCAAUGUACAAAACAGUUAUCCAGCCUCCUUUGAAUAACUGUUGUGUAGAAUAUUGUUUGUAGAGACAGUAUAAGAUACAUUUCAUGUCUAUCUUUAUGAAUGAGUACGUGUAAUAAUAUGGUAAUUGCAUAUCUGUUGAACAUUCGCCCACUGAUUGUGUUGAUAUGCGACAGAGCCUGGAAUGAUAAUGAAUAAUUUCACAAGGCGAGACUGUGCUAAUAAAUACGACUAUUUUGCUAAUCAUUAUAACCAUUAUAACACAACGCUAAUUACCCAAGCAUCGUUCAUUGUGGGAAAAGGAGGAAGAAUCGUUAGUGCAUGAAACAAUUUAUCACAGGUCUCAUUUCAAGUUAUUACAUUUUUUAAAACAUGUAGUGCGAACCUCUAUAAUUCAAUAAAAAAGUUAGAAAUCA